GUGGCCCCGCCCCCAGGCCUCGCUGUCGCCUCGGACGCUGUUCUCGCCCUCCGAGUCGCCAUUUUGCUCCUGGACAGGCCGCCUGGGGACCGGCGCUCUCCUCCUUCGGCAGCGGAAGCUGCGGCGGGGCCGGGGCUGGGGUCGGGGCCAGGAGGAAUUUUGUUGUCAGAAACUAAAAGGAGGUUGUCGUAAUUGACUUUAAGCAGCAAACAGUAAAACACUGAGCUCUUCAGCUCCACCUUUCUUGCGCUGAGAAUUGGAAAACCAAGAAGGUUUUGAUGUUUUGUGUGGCGCCACCUGAAUCAGAAGCUAAGAUGAACAUAACCAAAGGGGGUCUGGUGUUGUUUUCAGCAAAUUCGAAUUCAUCGUGUAUGGAGCUUUCAAAGAAGAUCGCUGAGCGGCUGGGGGUGGAGAUGGGCAAAGUGCAGGUUUAUCAGGAGCCUGACCGAGAAACAAGAGUACAAAUUCAAGAAUCUGUGAGGGGAAAAGAUGUUUUCAUCAUUCAGACUGUUUCAAAGGAUGUGAAUACCACCAUCAUGGAGCUCCUGAUCAUGGUGUAUGCCUGUAAGACCUCCUGCGCCAAGAGCAUCAUCGGCGUGGUCCCCUACUUCCCCUACAGCAAGCAGUGCAAGAUGAGGAAGAGGGGCUCCAUCGUUUCCAAGCUGCUGGCCUCCAUGAUGUGCAAAGCCGGUCUGACUCAUCUCAUUACUAUGGAUUUACACCAGAAGGAAAUCCAGGGCUUCUUCAAUAUACCUGUUGACAACUUGAGAGCAUCUCCCUUCCUCUUACAGUACAUUCAAGAGGAGAUCCCAGACUACAGGAACGCGGUCAUCGUGGCCAAGUCUCCGGCCUCAGCCAAGAGGGCCCAGUCUUUUGCCGAGCGCCUGCGGCUGGGCAUCGCAGUGAUUCACGGAGAAGCACAGGACGCCGAGUCCGACCUGGUGGACGGGCGGCACUCCCCACCCAUGGUCAGGAGCGCGGCUGCCAUCCACCCCAGCCUGGAGAUCCCCAUGCUGAUUCCUAAAGAAAAGCCCCCGAUUACAGUUGUUGGUGACGUGGGAGGCAGGAUCGCCAUCAUUGUGGAUGACAUCAUCGACGAUGUAGACACCUUCCUGGCCGCCGCAGAGACCCUAAAGGAGAGGGGUGCAUAUAAGAUCUUCGUGAUGGCGACCCACGGCCUGCUGUCCUCCGACGCCCCCCGGCUGAUCGAGGAGUCUGCCAUCGAUGAGGUGGUGGUUACCAAUACAAUUCCACAUGAAAUCCAGAAGCUCCAGUGCCCCAAAAUCAAAACUGUGGAUAUCAGCAUGACCCUCUCAGAAGCCAUCCGUCGGAUUCACAAUGGGCCCUGCACGUUCAUGACGCAUAGUCACUUGACUGCGCCAGGAGAGGAGUUGGGACAUCAGCAUGAGCCACUGGGGUCAGAGUUUUAUGGAAGUAUGUGAUGACUCACUAGCUGACCACUAAGCUGACUGUCCAGAGAUUUCAGUUGCCACAAACAAUGAAGAAUGCAGACUUUACAGAAUCAGUUGAGAAAAGCAGACAGACCCUGUGGAUGGAGAAGACCCUGAUUUCCAUCACAUUAUAAUAUUAGAAAUAGCAGUUUUCAACAACAAAAAGUUCUGAGGCAUCUAAAGAAACAAGAUUGCACCCGUGUACAGGGUCUUCCUUGAGGAAGCUCAGACUUUAAACGUACUAGACAAAGACUUUAAAUAAUUUAUUUUAAACAUGCUCAAAAAACUAAAGGAAAGUAUAGGAAUUAUAUGUCACCGAAUGGAGGCUAUCAAUAAAGAGGAAUAAUAAAAAUGAAUCAAAUGGGGAGGAUUUGUGGAAGAUGGUGGAAUAGGAAGCACCAGGAAUCUGUCUCCGUCUAAACAGUGGCAAAUCCAUUUAAUGAUUUUGGAACUCUGGAGUCUUGAAGGUUUGCAACUUCCAGGGAAAGUGUUAGACAGUAAAUGUAGCUAACUUUUGUAAAAUCCAGCUCUUAGUAAAGUUGCCGAUACCUGACCCACACUCCCAACCCUGUGGCAGGCAGCUCUGCACACAUUCCUGGAGCGAUCUCCAGAGUUUCCUGGGAGCCAGGGUAGGCAAGAAGUCCCCUCCAGACAGCAGAGAUCCGUGCUCUGAUAACAAGUAGCUACUUCUUGCUACAGAGGUACAAAGAGGCUGGUAACAAUUGUUACUUCACCCCACCCCACCCCAUCCCCACCAUUGUUGCAAGCUCCAGGCUGUUCCGCUGAAAAAGGGGUGGUUCCUAACUCACUCUAUGAGGCCAGCAUUACCCUAGGACAAAAACCAGACAAAGAUAUUACAAGAAAAGUAAACCAAAGUCCAAGAUCUCACGAACACAGGUGCAAAAAUCCUCAACAAAAUAUUAGCAAAUUCAUUCCAACAAUGUAUAAAAAAAAUUAUGCACAACCUAGUGGAUUUAUCCCAGAUAUGCAAGACUUCUCAGCAGUUGAAAAUCACUUCAUAUAAUCGAUCAUACCAACAGACUAAAGAAAAACAACAAUUAUAUCAGUCAAUGCAGAAAAAGCACCUGAAAAAAUUCAACAUCCAUUCAUGACAAAAGCUGAGUGAACUAGGAAUAGAGAGGGAACUUGAUCUUGUUAAAGAAUAUCUACUGACAGCCUACAUGAAUGCCAUACUUCGUGGUGAGAAGCUAGAAGCUUUGCAAUAGGGCAAGAAUGUCCCCUCUCAUCACUUGCUUUCACUAUCGUACUGGAAAUCCAUGCUAAUGCAAUAAGGCAAGAAGGAUUUAAAAGGUACACAAAUGGGGAAGGAAGAAUUAAAACUGCUCUGUUCUCAGAUGAUAUGAUCACCUAUGUAGAAAAUAUGAAUCAAGAACAACUCUCCCAACUCAUUACUAAUAAGUGAUUAUAGCAAGAUUGUAGGAUAAAAGUCAAUUGCUUUCCUGUAUACCAGCAAAGAACAAGUGGAAUUUGAAAAUAAAAAUACAAAACCAUAUACACUAGCACCACAAAAAUGACAUAUUAAGUAUAAAUCUAACAAAAUAGGCAUAAAAUCUAUGUAAGGGAAACUACAAAACAGAUGAAAGAAAUUUUUAAAAACUAAAUGGAGAAAUAGCCUAUGUUCAUGGAUAGGAAGAC